AUGGCAGCAUCAGACGAAAACGAGAAAUACAUCGACCCUCGCAUGGGAAAGACUGACCUUACAAAUGGCCAGUAUGCUCGAUACCAGAUCCUGCUCAAAUCUUUGGGCGGCCUUAAGUCACUCUUCUCACCAAAACGGUUCCAAAUAAUAAGGUGGCUAUGGGAGAACCAGUACCUCAACUCUAUCGAGCCCAACGCAUUUGCAUCGAUCAGAGGAGAUAUGUUCGAGACCUUCCUUGUUGCUGCCGAAAAGGUUAUGUCGCUGCGAAAGGAGAAAGGGUCUUCGAACCAAAUCAUCAAUAUAGCGAGUGAAUAUAUUAUCACUGAUAAAUUCAUUUGGUCAGACUACAACGUCUGGGAAAAUGGAUUUGUGAAUUAUUUUCUAGGCCAGGUACUUUGGUGCUUUUAUGAGGCGUAUCCAAAGUUUUUUCCUGUCAAGACAUCGGAUAAGGAGCCCUUGGAACAUGCCGUGACGUGCAUGCUGGCUCUCCCAAACUCGGACAUCGAAAAUUUGACUACGAGUAUUGCUAUAUUGGUAUCGAAUGUGAGAAAUAAAGGAAUUGAUGACCUAUUCGGUACGUGGGUUGAUGGAAAAUUGGUGUACCUGUCUCGAAGGAUACUCAAUUUUAGGAUGCAUGACAGAAAGGAAAGUAAAAAGCUGUUGGACGCUGGGAGAGAGAAUGGAAAUACGAUCAAUCUACGCCUAGAGCUGGCAAGGUAUGUUGAUGGAUCGAGUAGAAGGAAGCUAUUGGCGAAUUCUUUGGAUAUGGCGAAAGCGCUUUAUGGUGAAUGUCAUGCGGUUACCUGGCACUGCACGGAGCAGCUAGGGGAUUUCUAUCUCAAAUAUGCGGAUGAGUAUACAUUACAGUACUAUUUCUCGAAACUUGACGGCGACAAAGUACGUUCAGUGCAAGAUAUAUACGAAGACUUUCUAAAUCGCGCAGAUGUACUUGGACGUUCUAAGUCGCUCGGCGGAUCUGAACGUGAAGCUCUCUCUGCAUUGCUACGAGAAAAAGUCGUCCCUACUGUGGUUAAUAUAUACAAACGAAAUGGCAAAGAGUCAGAGGCGAGAAGACUACUUUGGAAAACAGUCAAAGACUCGAGCUCCCAAAUUUACCAUGCCAACUGGGUACCGUUCGGUCGUGGAUCGGGAAAGAUGAGACGUCUAAUGACCGAAAUUCACUCCCUUGAAAACCUCGAAGAGUUCACCGGCUACUCAGACCUGAAAUAUAGCAGCCUGGAACUGGUCGUUUUUCCAUUUGACGAGAUAUCUUUGAAAUCUGUGACACCUUCGGAUGAAGAGAAGGCCAGGAAAUGGCACUUUGUAUUUGAAAGAUUACCGAAUGGUGAUAUCCACGCUAGAGAAAUCACUGAUUGGUCUCCGGGCCUCGAGGGAGGGUAUGAGCCGAAAACAAUACAAAAGACUGACGAGGCUGAGAACAAGGAAAAGAUGAUCCUUGAACUUCCAUACAUCCCAUACGCCCAUUUUAAAACCUCAAAGGCAUACCGAGAAGGAAGUACAUAUGAUUUCUACCGUAAGGGAUCAUUCAACCAACAGAUUCUGGACUGGAUGAAGAAAAAUGAGGGACAUUAUAUUCUCAGUUUUGGGCAUGAUGAUUACUCGGAUUAUAUUGCUUAUGCUGAUCUAUGGCCGAGCGUUGGGGGUGCCUUGGUGGACUCUGAGAAAGGGCAGGUUGAGAGGUUUCUGUAUGAUCGAGAGACGGGAUCCGUGAAGAUGACGAAUGAGACAACGGCCGCUCCAAAGGAGCUUGAGAAUCCCCCCAGCUACAAAACUCUUGACAUCGGUCAAUGCAAAACACAAAUACCCGGAUUCUUCAACAGCACGCCCGGCGACAAAGCUGCAAUAGAUGACACCGGUACGGUCACUCAAGGUUUCAAUCUAGUCUCCGCGGAGUGGUACGACUGGAAACGAUUCAUUCUUCAUCCAUGUUCAUCUUCAACGGAGAAACAGCCUGAAUUGGUAUCUACAGACGGAUCACCUAUACCCGUACUUGGAUACAUAUACGGAACUUGGACGGACGAUAAACUCCACAAACAAUGGAGAGGGUUGCAAAUCUGGAUUGUCCAAGCGACAUUCAAGCUCACCCCAGAUUCUUCGCAAGUUGAAAGAUCGUGUCAUUUCGUCCUUAACGCGAAUGAUAUCUGCAAGAGUAGAGAGCAUGAAUUAUCCCUCAGCGAGACCCGAGCAAUAUGCACACUCCUCAAUCCAUCACUUCUCCGAGUCAUGAACCAUUCCAUGUUUACACCAUUUAUGUGCACCAUGGGUGAAGGAAUACCUGAUGAUUUUGCGGGAGUCACUAAGAAAAUAGACCCGAGCAUGCAAAGAGAUUUAAUCGCAGAACUCUCAUUUCGUGAUGCGUGGGAUACGGAGUUCGCCUACAAGUGGUGGAAUCGUACUUGGGGGGAUGCUCGGAAGAAGAUUAUGUGUAGGCAGUUAAAGGAAGAGACGGCGAGACGGAGGGAGUGGGAUGCAGAGAGUGUGCCGGUGUUUAAGCAGUGGGUUAAUUCGCAUAAGUGA